UUGCCAACUAUUACGUAUUAUAGGAGAAGUCUCGUUCAUCAUAUUUCCAAGGUGCUGUUAUGGUUUUUCUUCACUUUUUUAGCGGCGUGUUACCACUGCUUUUCUUCCGAUGCAUCGCUGGAGCCGAAAGUGCGCACGCAGCUCGGCACACAGCAAGACGUCUUCUUCAUGCCAUUCACCUCUCGAAGCAGCUCGUGCAGCGAAAAAGUCGACCCAAAUCAACCAGGAAUUGAAGGCCAGUUAUGUUCAUCUUCACCAUUAUGUGUGACGUUGACACCAAACAUUGAAAACUCCAGUUUUGUUGUGCGCGGAUGCCUGGAGUACACCUUACGACAUAACUUGAAAAAAGAAAACAUCCACAACGAAGGAUGCUACAUGGUACGCUCUCUUUCUUCUCGUUAUCCGAGCAACUUCACAAUGGAAUACGUGCUCUGUGUUUGCAACGGUGACUACUGCAACGGAGCCCAACCUCCAGAUUUCGUACCGGGUCCACUGUUGUUUUCUGGAGAAACGCCAGAGGGACACUUACAGCUUGAAGUCUCUUCCUCAACUUUUAAGCUGUUCGCCAUCAUUUGGACAUUGAUCCUGUUGCGAAUUCUCUUUUGA